GUAGACUGCUACCCACUCUUUUCUCUGUGCUCCGUGGCGCUGUGUAACAGAAGCUGCUGUCGGGUGCUGGUUUCGUGGGAAACAUUUCCGCUUCGAGCACAAGCAGACAUGGACGAACGCAAAACCAGGUGAUUGUUGGAACAAAACGGAGCCAUGAAACGGCAGCAAAGCGUCGCGUUUUAGAGGAAUACUUUGUGCAAUGUGAGCAGGAGGAACGCGAUGCAGACUCCUCAGCUGUAGGUCGCAUGCGGACGUGAUGCCCAGGCGGGGGUUCCCCUUGCAGGGCCGAGUCCGCUGGCUCCUGCUGGCCCUCUUCCUGCUCCUGGUGCUGCUGCUGUUCGCCUACCUGCUGGAGUGCACGCCGCCGGCCGACGCCAGCCAGACGCUGCCCGGCGUGGUGGGCGAGCCCUUCAGCAGGGAGUACUACCAGACGCUGCUGCAGGAGCACGAGGAGCGCCACCUCAGCCGCGCCUACAGCCUCAAGCGCCAGAUCGCGCAGCUCAAGCAGGAGCUGCAGGAGAUGAGCGACAAGCUGAAGCUGAUGCAGGAGAAGAAGGAGCCGCCGGGCGUGCAGGGCCUGGGCGAGAACCAGGAGCCCGGCGACCUGCUGGAGUUCCUGCACUCCCAGAUCAACAAGGCCGAGGUCAACGCCGGGGCGCGGCUGCCCAGCGAAUACGCCCUGGUGCCCUUCGAGAGUUUCACCUCCUCCAAGGUGUACCAGCUGGAGAUGGGGCUGACGCGGCACCCGGAGGAAAAGCCGGUCCGCAAGGACCGGCGCGACGAGCUGGUGGAGGCGGUGGAGGCGGCGCUGGACAUCAUCAACAACCCGGACGAGGAGGACGGCGUGGAGGAGGACGUCCCUGUGCAGAGGCAGACCUACACUGACAGCCACUUUAUGGAAGGCCUGUACAGGACGGAGCGGGACAAAGGGACGCUCUACGAGCUUUUCUUCGCCAAGGAGGACUCCAGCAGCUUCCGGCACGUCUCGCUCUUCCGGCCGUUCGGGCCAAUAAUGAAAGUCCGCAGCACAUCGGUGGAGACGCUGGGGAUGAUCAUCAACAUCAUCGUGCCGCUGGCGGGCCGAGUCGACACUUUCUCACAGUUCUUACAAAACUUCAGGGAGGUGUGUGUUCAGCGGGACAGGCAGGUCCAUCUCACCGUGGUUUACUUUGGACAGGAAGGUCUGCAGGAAGUGAAGUCAUCGCUGAAGAAAAUGUCUAGAGAGGAGACUUUCUCCAAUUACACUCUGAUCUCGGUGGACGAGGAGUUUUCUCGCGGCCGCGGUUUGAACAUCGGCGCCAACGCGUGGAAGAACGGCGACGUCCUGAUGUUCUUCUGCGACGUGGACAUUCGUUUCUCCCUGGACUUCUUGAACACGUGCCGGCUCCACGCCGCUCCCAACAAGAAGGUUUUCUACCCGGUUGUGUUCAGUCUGUACAAUCCGGCCAUCGUUUACGGAAGCUUGGAGCUGGCUCCACCUAUUGAACAGCAGCUGAGUCACAAAAAAGACGCUGGGUUUUGGAGAGAUUUUGGAUUUGGAAUGACCUGCCAGUAUCGCUCAGAUUUCCUAAACAUUGGCGGCUUUGAUCUGGAAGUGAAAGGCUGGGGCGUGGAGGACGUCCACCUGUACAGGAAGUACCUGCGGAGCGAACUGAUCGUGAUCCGGUCGCCGGUGUCCAGCCUCUUCCACCUGUGGCACGAGAAGCAGUGCGCGGACGAGCUGACGCCGGAGCAGUACCGCAUGUGCAUCCAGUCCAAAGCCAUGAACGAGGCGUCGCACCCCCACCUGGGCAUGCUGGUCUUCCGGGACGAGAUCGAGGCCCACCUCCGGAAGCAGGCCUUCAAGACGCAGAGCAAGACGGAGGCCUGAGGAAGAGCCGCCGCCGCCGCUGUUCCCAAACGAGACUUAAAGCUGCAGUACGCAACUUUUAUUAAAAAUAGGUUUCUGCAUGUUUGAUAUGAAACGGAUAAUCUGCAAAAAGAUCGAUCUCCUCCACCUGAGCUACUACCGUCUGAAGAAAUGUAUGAAAAACAAGCAAUCAGAGCCAGGAGGAGGGGCUUAGCGCUGUCAAUCAUCACCGUGAACGUACUGAUAAAUGUCUGAAUGAUGGAGAAACAACUUCCUGUUGCAGUAAAAACAGCUUAUCCUAGAUCAUUGGUUGUCAGGCUAACUAGCCUAGCAUUCAUGACAGAAGAAAGAGGGGGAGGCUGAUUGACAGCGCCAAGACCCGCCUCCUCCCGGCUCUGAUUGGUUGUUUCUAGGUAGUACAGGGAGAAGGCAGGGAAGCUUUUUUUCUUCAGAUCAUCUGUCUCUUAUCAAACUCGCAACAUGAAGACAAUUUCAACAAAAAAUUUAAAAAAAUAUCUUAAAGUUACAUACUGUAGCUUGAAAGGGACUUUGCAGCAAAAAGACAUUUAAUCCUGAUUAAUGGAAGACUUGGUGGUGCACAGUGCACCAGUGAGUUAAUGGUGAUUAAUCACCAUUAAUUUAAUCGGCUGAGUCGUGAUUAAUCACGAUUAAUCGAUCCUUCUGCUUUUCUCUGCACAGCUGUAGACGGAUGAAUGUAGAAAAAUGUGAAACGUGGCACAAAAUGGAAGCCUUACGAUCAAAUCAGCAGUAUUUAAGGAAGACUUGGCGUUAUACAGAGGACCGCGUUUUGUUUCUGGGAACUUUUUGAAAAUCGAUAAGUGUGACCUUGAGGGUCAGCGUUUCUUCGCCGUCUUCUUGCUGCUUCUGAAUGUGAAACAUUUCAGCUGCUUCUCAGACACGGAGGAGCAGCGUAAGCAGGCAGCACCCAGCUGCGUUUGGAGAAAAUAAACGGAAAAUCAGUUGGGGAAAGAAAAAAAAAAAAUCUAAUUUCUAAUUUAUUGCGCAUGAGAACAACAGAAAGUUGCACUUUCUCUCAGCGGACCGUUUAAUUUUCAGAGGCCCAAACUACGAAGGAAGAUUAGCGGGUCGAUUCUUGGCACUACUGGUUUCCCAUAGAAAGCUGAACUGAGUAUGAGGCGUUUUAGGGCCAAACUAAGAUUUCUUUUUAAAUUAUGAAACUAAAGUUAUGUUUGUAGAAUAAAGAUUGAAAAUGACUAGAAAAAUGUUUUCAAUGAGAUCAAAGCCUUGAUGUCAAGAUCUGACAUCUGGUGAUAAUUAUUUGAUGCUAAAGUGUUAAAAGAUUAUUUAUCUUUAAAACCAAAGUAUAACUUCACAAGAUGCUCAGUUUAAUUUAUUUUUCAGGGAGUAAUUCUCAUAAAAUUACUUCUUUAUUCUACUAAUAUUGCAAGUUUAUUCUCACAACAUUGACUUAACGUACAACUUUUUCUCAUUUUUUAUUCUGACAAUUUUAUUCUUGUACUCUUGAAACGCGACUUUUUUCAUAUUAUUUCGACUUCGUUCUCGUACAACUUUUUCUCGCAUAAUUUCGACUUUGUUCUUUUAGCACUAACUUUUUUCUCACAAUGUUAUGACUAUUUUCUAAUGGCAUUUUUUUCUUAGUCUGGCCUUAAGCUUCCAGAAGACUCGAUGUUGGCUACCUGAACUUAUCGAUUUGUUUACCGUUUGUUUCGGGAUCUUUAAGGAAUAUUUAGUCGUUAAUUGAGGGACUAAACUGAUAAAAAUAAUUUGGUGCAUAAAUUUGCAUUUGUGGCAGAUUAUUUUUAAUCCACAAGGUCAGAUUUGCACUAAAAUGUGGAUAGAAAUGUUUCUUCGUAGCGUCGGCCUCUGAUGGAGAACCUCUUGAUUUAUUUAGAGCAUUACUAGGAAAAUGUCGGUUUUUGUUCAGACUGGCUGUGUGGAUAAAAAGGGAACAUUUUGUGUUUUUUAUUGUCGGAUUGUGUCAGAGUUUAAAUGCGUUGGACCAAUCAGAGGAUAAACUCCAGCAUGCGGCUCACGCUGCCGUUUUCCCUCUAAAUCUGUUGUUCCAGUCGCUCUUACAUGUAAAUACGUUCCAAACAUUUCAGACUUUACAUUGAACCUGCAGGUUCCAGAGGAUUAUAUUAACUGUUCUGCUUGUUUUAAGCUGAGAGGAUGUUACAUAAACAGGUGCUUUGAUUGUCCUAAAUAUUCCAGGUUGCUCCUGCGUUGCGUUCUGUAAUUAUUUACAUUUUGCUUAUUCUGCAGCUUUUUAGGCCGUGUCAAAAGUUUCCUGGCUUGACAGGAGAAACUAAACGUCUUCCUCUCAGCGGCACACAACCGUUAAAAGCUGAAUAAUAAAAACAAAUGAGCAAGAAAUGGAUUUAUUGUGACGAUUUGUCCAUGAAUAACUUACAUCCGACUGUAUUGGUUGUUCCUGUUCCGCCACUUGUACAUUUGCUAUAAAAAUGUAAUAUCAACCUUA